CCAACAAAUAUCAAAACCCAUAUUUUACCCCACAUACUGCUUCUUUUUUUUUCUUGAUUCUAUACCGUAGUACUGUAGUCCGUACGGCAGUUUAUAUUACCAUGUAGUACGAAGUUAUGGUUGUAGCUAGCCACAGUAGAGAGAGACACUAAUUGUGCCUUUAGCUGAUCCAUUUCUUCGUCAUGAUAGCUGGUUAUGCACGAUUCACAUAAUCCCCAGGAUUCCCCAGCUGAACUACAACGAAGUGGACUGGGAUGGAGGGCUCCGAUGCCGAGUGACUUACCACCCUCGGCUAUGAUACUUCUCAAUUUACAGCUGAUCUCCCGGGUUUCUGUCGGGUCUGGCUUGACGAUCAAAAAAGUUGCCACUCUUGCCGUCAAGCCAGCCCCGAGUGUCUGGGCAACAGAAACUUUGACCCCGCUUCCCCUCAUAGGGAUGAAGUUUUUCUCCACAGUCUAAAACCAGGCGGCAGGCCACUAGUAUGGGUCCAUAGCUUCAGUGCGUUUCCUAUAUCGCUCAUCCUUCAUUCUAUAACUUAGACCAAAUCCCCGCAUUCAAUGAUUCCUCCCCAUCCACACUUCUCUGUCACAAUUACUACUCACUUUGAGAAUGGCGUCCGAUACCAAAAACGCUGAUAUGGAUACUAAGGAUGGUGAUUUCGAUCACCUGGAGAAGGAGACGGGCAACCUUAAGGAGAUCAAUGCUGCCUCCGUAGCUCUGUCAGCUGCCAUGGCGGCUCAGAAGCCAUCUUUGCUGUCUAAGAGCAUGUUGAAACUGUACUUCAUAAUGGCUGUUGGGUACAUGGUGUCAACCAUGAACGGUUUCGAUUCGUCUCUAAUGGGAGCUGUCAAUGCUAUGAAACCAUACCAGGAGACGUUCGGCCUUAAUGGCGCCGGAUCAUCCACCGGAGUCGUCUUUAUUAUUUACAACCUUGGUCAGAUUGCUGCCUUCCCAUUCUGUGGCUUUUUAGCAGACGGUUACGGUCGAAGAGUCUGUAUAUUCGUAGGGUGUCUGGUUGUAGUCAUCGGUACCGCAGUCCAGGCCUCCUGCCACGAGCUUAACGUCUUCAUGGGUGGCCGCUUCAUCCUAGGCUUUGGUGCAGCCCUCGCCUCUGGAGCCGGGCCUGCGUAUACUGUUGAGCUGGCCCACCCGGCCUAUCGUGGCACCAUGGCUGGUAUGUACAACAACUUCUGGUGGUUCGGAAGCAUUCUCGCAGGAUGGGCUACCUACGGCUCCAACAAGAACUACGCAACUUCCUGGGCCUGGAGAAUUCCGACUCUCGUUCAGGCUGGUCUCCCUAUCAUCGUUAUGGUUCUCAUCUUAUUCUUCCCCGAAUCCCCUAGAUGGUUGAUCUACCAUGACCGCCCUGAGGAGGCCCUCGCCAUUUUUGCUAAAUAUCACGGAGAUGGUGAUGAGAACGCGCCCGUUGUUCAACUCCAGUACCAUGAAGUGCUUGAGCAGAUGAACCUCACACGCAACGAUAACCCCUGGUGGGAUUUCCGGGAGCUGGUCAACACUGCAGGCGCACGAUACAGAUUGUACAUGGUUGUUCUCAUGUCCUUCUUUGGCCAGUGGUCGGGAAAUAACGUUGUCUCAUACUUCUUGCCCCUAAUGAUGGAACAAGCAGGACUGAAAGACCCGAACCAACAACUUCUAAUCAACGCCAUCCUCCCCAUUUUCACCAUGAUCGGAGCUUGCUACGGUGCCACACUUCUCGACAGACUAGGUCGCAGGGUUAUGUUACUCGGCGGCCUUACCGGCGCACUAUUCAGUUAUGUCCUCCUCACCGCAUUCACAGCACAAUCCGAAAAACAUCCCAGUCUCAGCUAUGGCGUGAUAGUAAGCGUUUUCUUGUUCAUGGUGACAUUCGCUUGGGGCUUCACACCACUCCAGACUCUCUACUCCGUCGAGUGUCUUGAAAACCGCACUCGCGCCAAGGGCUCUGGACUCAACUUUCUGUUCCUCAACGUUGCAAUGGUCGUCAACACUUAUGGAAUCAGCGUUGGAAUCGCCGCGAUUGGCUGGAAGUUGUACUUGGUGUAUAUCGGCUGGAUCUGUGUCGAGAUGGUGGUGAUUUAUUUCUUCUUUGUGGAGACGGCUGGGAAGACGUUGGAGCAGAUGUCGAGCAUCUUUGAUGCACCGAACCCGAGGAAGGAGUCAACUAAGAAGACUACUGUGUUGAUUGAUGACAGGGGUAAUGUUGUGGAUAUCCAAGAUCCAGUGCGUUUGGUUUAGCUUGCUAUUAGAUCUACAAAGCGUCUUGUAUUCAUGCAUUAGGACAACUCUUGUCUGAUUAAAUAUCAAGCGCAGUUUAAUUGAGCAAAUACGAAUAC